AAAUCAUCUGUAGCCCAUUUAUCUACCCUGUUUCCAUCUUCGGCCAUCAAUGGAUUCCUGAAUCUUGAUUCGAAUUAGCCGUUUGCAGUUCUCCGACAAGAAUUCACAAAACAACAUUAAUCCUAUUUCGACAAAAUCAGAGCACUGUGAACCCGAGAAAAACAUUCACAAGAAAGAAAAGUAUCAGAGCUCCAUCAUAUAAUGAUGCACCACCAUCACCAUCCACCGCCCAUCACGACCACCACCGGCGCUGCCAUUACUACCCCUUACAUUCUAUUAGCGACAACCCUUUUCUUCUUUCUCCUCGUACUCUCCUUCACUACUUCUCCUUCCCUUCCACAUCUCCGCACCCAACCCCACGCAUCCCUCUUCCCCCCCCACCACCGCUUCCUUUUCCACAACCCCAACACCACCCAAAACCGAAACACCCCUUCAGCUGCACCGCGGCUCCCUCCAACCCCUCCCUCCAUAGCAUACCUCUUAUCAGGGUCCGCCAAUGAUUCGGAUCGGAUCAUCCGACUCCUCUACUCUAUCUACCAUCCCAGGAACCACUACUUGCUCAACCUGGACCGGGCAGCUCCUCAGGCCGACCGUGAUACCCUGGCCCUCAGAGUUCAAUCAAUACCCCUCUUCAGAGCUGCUCAGAAUGUACAAGUAAUUGGCAAGGCUGACUAUGUGUUCCCUGUUGGUCCUUCAUCUGUUUCCUCCACACUUCACGGCGCGUCCAUUCUGCUCCGUGUUGCGGCAGAUUGGGAUUGGUUUAUUAAUCUCUCGGCAAAUGAUUACCCUCUUGUUACCCAAGAUGAUCUUUUACACAUUUUGUCAUAUCUGCCCAAGGAUCUUAAUUUUGUGAAUCACUCAAGCUAUAUUGGAUGGAGAGAAUCUCGGAAACUGAAACCAAUAAUAGUUGAUCCAGCACUCUACCUUGCUGAAAAUAGUGAGAUGUUUUAUGCAACUGAAAAGAGACAGCUGCCUGAUGCUUUCCGGUUAUUUACAGGUUCAUCUUCUGCUAUUUUAACUCGCAAGUUUGUUGAGUUCUGCGUCUUGGGUGUAGACAACCUUCCCAGGACUCUACUGAUGUACUUGUCGAAUACGCCAGCAUCAAAUCUUGUCUAUUUCCCGACCAUUCUAUGCAAUUCACGGCAAUUCAAUCGAACUACUAUCAACCACAGCCUGCAGUAUGUUUCUUAUGACUCUGGACAGGAGCCCUUACCGCUGAAUUCUAGUACAUUUGAUGAUCUGAUCCAAAGUGGAGCAGCCUUUGCCUCACCAUUUCUCCCAAAUGAUCCGAUUCUUGACCGCAUCGACCUGGAAGUUCUGGAACGAGAACCGGGCAAACCAGUACCUGGUGGCUGGUGUUUAGGUGAAUCUGAAAACGAGAAAUGUUCAGUUUGGGGAGAUGCUGAUGUUUUGAAGCCGGGUCCGGGAGCCAAAAGGCUUGAAAAACGUCUUGUUGAACUACUAUCGAAGGAAACAGUUCGAUCUCGUCAAUGUGUAGAUGAAUAGUAUCUACCUCCAAUUCUUAGACCACGAAGGUGCAGAAAAAGCUGUUUGCAGCCCGGUUCUGAAAUUUGUCGUGUAUUAACAGCAUUUAGCCAUUCAUUGUGCUGGUAAGCGUAAUUUUAUGUCUAGCUCAGCAAGAUUGCUGUAAAUUGCAAUACGGUUUAAUUCAGUACUCCAUAUAACUGAGUUUUUACUCAUAUUUUUGUCGUAAAGCGUAUAAUAUAGAUGAUGGAAUGUGGGUAUCUUCUUGAA